AAAAGCAUAACGUCAACCGUUGACCCAGGGUCUGGAAGGACGCGGGUCGUCCUUUGAACAUUUGCAACAACUUAGAUGCAAAGUGCGGUGGGAUGGGGAGGCCGGAGUUGCGGGAGCUUCAAGGGUUAACUGUUCGGCCGUGUCACAUCGGCCGUUCGAAGCUCCUCCCCGGGCCGUGAGGUGAAGACUUUUGAAAAUCACACCACUGCAGACUCCUCCCCCGCCGGGAAGCCUCGCCCGCAAGAGCUGGGAAUGCCUCUGGAUGCGCGCGUGUAGUCGGCGGCCGGCUGAGCCCAGCGCAGGUUUGUAGCGGGGAAGCCGCCGGGUCCGGGAUCCUUGGUUUGCUGCGCGGACACAGUGGGGUCUGUGAACCAUCGGAGACGCGACGCAGGCUCUGAGGAUGAGCACCGCGGAUCUCAGGCUGCGCUGGGCCAUCGCCCUGCUCCUGGCCGCUGCCGGGGCUGCCGCAGAAGACACAUGCGACAGGAAUGAGUUCCGGUGCAGGGACGGGAAAUGUAUCGCCAGCAAGUGGGUCUGUGACGGCAGCCCUGAAUGCCCGGAUGGCUCUGAUGAGUCCUCUGAGACAUGCAUGUCUGUCACCUGUCAAUCCAAGGAAUUCAGCUGUGGGGGCCGUGUCAGCCGCUGCAUUCCUAACUCCUGGCGUUGUGAUGGGCAAACAGACUGUGAGAACGGCUCAGAUGAACAAGGCUGUGCCCCCAAGACGUGCUCCCAGGAUGAGUUCCGCUGCCAGGAUGGCAAGUGCAUCUCCCAGAAGUUUGUGUGUGACCAGGACCAAGAUUGCGUGGAUGGCUCUGACGAGGCCCACUGCCAGGCCGCCACUUGUGGGCCCGCGCAUUUCCGUUGCAACUCCUCGGCCUGCAUCCCCAGCCUGUGGGCCUGUGACGGGGAUGACGACUGUGAGGACGGCUCCGAUGAGUGGCCACAGAACUGUGGGGGCCGCGACACCGCCGCUGCCUGGAGUAGCAGCCCCUGUUCCUCCCUGGAGUUCCACUGUGGCAGCAGUGAAUGCAUUCAUCGCAGCUGGGUCUGUGAUGGCAGCGCUGACUGCAAGGACAAGUCAGAUGAGGAGCACUGCGUGACAGCCACCUGCCGGCCUGACGAAUUCCAGUGUGCAGAUGGCACCUGCAUCCAUGGUAGCCGCCAGUGUGACCGUGAAUAUGACUGCAAGGACAUGAGUGACGAGCUUGGCUGCAUCAAUGUGACACAGUGUGACGGGCCCAACAAGUUCAAGUGCCACAGUGGCGAAUGUAUCGCCUUGGACAAAGUGUGCGACUCCAUGCGGGACUGCCGGGACUGGUCAGAUGAGCCCAUCAAGGACUGCAGGACCAAUGAGUGCUUGGACAACAAUGGUGGCUGUUCCCACGUCUGCAAGGACCUCAAGAUUGGCUACGAGUGCUUGUGUCCCAAUGGCUUCCAGCUGGUGGACCAGCACAGGUGUGAAGACAUUGACGAGUGUCAGGAGCCGGACACCUGUGACCAGCUCUGCGUGAACCUUGAAGGCAGCUACAAGUGCGAGUGCCGGGCUGGAUUCCACAUGGACCCUCACACCAGGGUCUGCAAGGCUGUAGGCUCCGUAGCCUAUCUGCUCUUCACUAACCGCCACGAGGUACGGAAGAUGACCCUGGACCGAAGCGAGUACACCAGCCUGAUCCCCAACCUGAAGAACGUGGUGGCCCUGGACACUGAAGUGGCCAACAAUAGAAUCUACUGGUCCGACCUGUCCCAGGGAAAGAUCUAUAGUGCCCUGAUGGACCAAGCACCUACCUUGUCCUAUGACACCAUCAUCAGUGGGGAUCUGCAGGCCCCAGAUGGGCUGGCCGUAGACUGGAUCCAUGGCAACAUCUACUGGACAGAUUCAGUUCCAGGCAGUGUUUCUGUGGCUGACACCAAGGGUAUAAGGAGAAGGACACUGUUCCAAGAGAAGGGGUCCAGACCCAGAGACAUUGUGGUGGACCCUGUGCAUGGCUUCAUGUACUGGACAGAUUGGGGGACACCUGCCAAGAUCAAGAAAGGGGGCCUGAAUGGUGUAGAUAUCUACUCGCUGGUGACUGAGGACAUCCAGUGGCCAAAUGGCAUCACACUAGAUAUUCCCAGUGGCCGCCUCUAUUGGGUUGAUUCCAAACUCCACUCUAUCUCCAGCAUUGAUGUCAAUGGGGGCAAUAGGAAGACCAUUUUGGAAGAUGAGAAGCAGCUGGCCCACCCCUUCUCCUUGGCCAUCUAUGAGGACAAAGUAUUUUGGACGGAUGUCAUAAAUGAAGCCAUUUUCAGUGCCAAUCGCCUCACAGGCUCAGAUGUUAAUUUGGUGGCUGAAAACCUCUUGUCCCCAGAGGACAUUGUCCUGUUCCACAACAUCACACAGCCUAGAGGGGUGAACUGGUGUGAGAGAACAGCCCUCCCCAACGGUGGCUGCCAAUACCUGUGCCUGCCCGCCCCACAGAUCAAUCCUCACUCCCCAAAAUUCACCUGUGCCUGCCCUGAUGGCAUGCUACUGGCCAAGGAUAUGCGAAGCUGCCUCACAGAAGUGGCACCUGUACUGACCACCCAGGGAACAUCCACCAUCAGGCCUGAGAUCACUGCAGGAGCCGAAGGCUGGAAGCACAAGGAGGAUCAGUCGGCUUCCAGUACUUCCAGGCAGCCUGCACUUAGCACAGUGGAGUCGGUGACAAUGUCCCACCAAGUCCAGGGUGACAGAAGGAACGAGGAGCGGCCACAGGGUGUGGGGGUCUUGUCCAUCACCCUCCCCAUCGCACUGGUCAUCCUCCUUGUCUUUGGGGCCAUCCUGUUGUGGAGGAACUGGCGGCUGAGGAACAUCAACAGCAUAAACUUUGACAACCCAGUGUACCAGAAGACCACAGAAGAUGAACUCCAUAUUUGCCGAAGCCAGGACGGCUACUCCUACCCCUCACGACAGAUGGUCAGCCUGGAGGAUGAUGUGGCAUGAACAGCUGUGAGAACCUUC